UAUCACAAAAUAGCAAAGAUAGAAAUGAAGAGCGUUAUAGGGAUGGUUCCGUUUCCUCAGUUACCAACACCGAUAGAAACCAGCUACACGGCUUGCACCAUUCCUUUUAGAUUCCCUUGUGAUGAUCCAAGAAAAACAACUCCUACUGAACUCUCUUGGAUCAACGUCUUCGCCAGUUCCAUCCCUUCUUUCAAGAAACGUGCAGAGAGGGAUUCAACGGUUCCAGAUGCUCCUGCUAGAGCUGAGAAUUUUGCACAAAGAUUUGCGGGAAUUCUUGAAGACUUGAAGAAAGAUCCCGAGAGCCAUGGAGGACCACCAGAUGGCAUUCUGCUAUGCCGCCUUCGUGAGGAAGUACUUAGAGAAUCAGGAUUUAGGGACAUAUUCAAGAAAGUGAAGGAUGAGGAGAAUGCGAAGGCUAUAUCAUUAUUUCCUGAAGUUGUCAGUCUGAGUGAUGCCAUUGAAGAUGAAGUAGAGCGGUUAGAGAAUCUGGUGAGAGGGAUAUUUGCUGGAAACAUCUUUGAUCUCGGUUCUGUACAGCUUGCUGAAGCUUACUCAAGGGAUGGCAUGUCUUUCUUGGCAAGCUGUAAGAAAUUGGUUCCACGACCAUGGGUCAUUGAUGACUUGGAAAACUUCCAAGAAAAAUGGAUCAAGAAGUCUUGGAAGAAGGCAGUGAUUUUUGUUGAUAAUGCUGGUGCAGACAUAAUUUUGGGUAUUUUGCCGUUUGCAAGAGAGCUGCUGCGUCGAGGAACUCAGGUGGUGAUUGCUGCUAAUGAGCUGCCAGCUAUCAACGACAUAACUUAUACCGAGCUUACAGAGAUCUUGUCACAGUUGAAGGAUGAAAAUGGCGAAUUGAUAGGCGUUGAUACUUCGAAGCUUCUGAUUGUUAAUUCAGGAAAUGACUUACCAGUUCUUGAUCUAUCAAGAGUAUCUCAAGAGCUUGCUUACCUUGCAGCUGAUGCAGACUUAGUCAUCCUAGAAGGCAUGGGUCGUGGAAUUGGAACAAACCUUUAUGCUCAGUUCAAGUGUGAUUCUCUCAAGAUCGGAAUGGUGAAGUAUCUUGAAGUAGCAAAGUUUCUUGGAGGACGGCUUUAUGACUGCGUCAUCAAAUACAAUGAAGUUCAGAGCUAAUUAUAUUUCAGUAAACCUUCAGAUUAAUAUGAUAUGCUCCUUUCCAUCUUGAUUUGGUAAUUGAGUAAGCAAAAGAUUUGUUCUUUGUUUGUGAAGGAUAAGUGGAAAGGGACUUGUUGACAUUGUACUUGGAUUGGAUUGUCUUAAUAUGUCUAUUGAAUUUUAAUGAA